AUGCCGUCCGCACUCUAUCUCAUACCGAGGGGAGGAAGCUCGCUGUCCUUGCCCUCCAGAACGCUCGCCGAAGAUGAGCUCGACCUCGACCUCGACCUCGACCUCCAGGCGCCAUCGUCGUCUAUGCGCCAGCAUCUCGACGCAGAGGCGCUGCCACAGCCUGACUUCUUUGAGAAUCUAGACGAGUUGCAUCUCUGGUAUCAGAUGCGACAUGCUGAAGUGCUCCAUGAUCACUUGGAGCCAAGCAAAAACCACAGCGGUCCUCCUACGCAUCCUGCCUCGACUGCCACCGCCCAGCCAAAGCCAAGGCCAAAGCUUGUUGUGUGCCACGACUUCCAAGGAGGCUACAUCGAGGAUCCCCGCCAGCAAGGCUACUCGCUCGAGCAUCUGCAUCUCGUCGACACGUUCAUCUACUUCUCCCACAAGCGCGUCAGCAUCCCGCCCGUCGGCUGGCUCCAUGCAUGCCGACGCACAGGAACCAAGGUUCUGGGCACUCUCAUCUUCGAGUGGGCCGAGAGCGCGCCCGACCUAGCUCGGCUUCUCCGAGGUCCCGAGCGCAAGGCGAUGCCGCUGCACGGGCAGGUGAGCUUCUCGCAGCAAUACGCAGUGGAGCUUAUCGAGCUCGCGCUCCAGCGCGGCUUCUCGGGCUACCUGGUCAACAUCGAGGUGGCGCUCGAUCUCGGCUUCAGCUGCUCUGGCGAACCCUGGCCUGCAUGGGUCGGGCAGCAGGCGAGGGGGGGCGAGAUGUACCAGAAUGCAGAGCGGCUGCGCGCCUGGGUCCACUUCCUGCGCGAGGAAGGCACGCGGCGAUUCACGCAGGCCGGAAAGCGAGCCGACGAAUGGGAGGUCAUGUGGUACGACUCGGUCGUCUAUCCGCACGGACAGCUCGCUUGGCAAGACGCGCUGAACGAGUACAACAUCGACUUCUUCCUGUCCGCCCACACGUUCUUCACCAACUAUACGUGGGCACGACCGCCACAGCCGCUUCCACCAGGCGAGCUCGUCGACGCGAACGACGAGAGUCCACAGACGCUGCAGCUGCGCGGACACACGCUAACGGGCCCGGAAGCUGGCGGAUACCAUCCGCAACUGCUUCUGUCGGCAGCGAUGGCAGACAGCGUCGAGCGCGCGCGCACCCAUGUGUACGUCGGCAUCGACGUGUUUGGCCGCAAUUGCUGGGGCGGCACCAAGGCGUGGCGAUCGCUCGACAUGAUCGGUCCGCAUCGCUCCGAGGAAGGAGCACUGCAGCUCAGCGUGGCGCUGUUCGCACCGGGAUGGACGUGGGAGGACCAAGAUGCAGGUCAAACACUGCCGCCCGCGCAGCAGUCGAUUCAGCGCAAAUGGUCCGACUGGUGGCAUAUCGAUCUUGCCUUUUGGAUCGGCAUGCCGCGUCCGCUCACGCCUACAACCCACCGGAUCACCCUCGCCGAGCACGACGUCAAGCCGGUGCAGCUCUACUUUGGGGGUGCCAACCUGGAGAAAGCCCGACUGGAGCGCCGCGCGAGUACACACGGCUUCUAUACCGACUUUGGCUUCGGCUCGGGCACGCGCUGGUUUGACCGCAGCGAGGUCGUGCACGAGUGGCCCGCCGGAUUCACCGACAUGGGCGUGUGCAUGCCCAAGCCCGACCUGCUGUUCGCGAGGUGGCAUCAGUACAAGCAGGAAGCAAGCCGGCUCGGGCCGCAAGAUUUGACAUGGGCGUUUGAUCAGGAGCGCGCAUGGACUGGAACGACGUCGUUGGUUGUAGCCAUGACGCCCGCGGACGAUACAGUGCGGGCCACGACCGAGGUGCCACUGUGCUCUGCUGUGGUUGAGUGCAGGGCGAACCAGUGGACCGAAUGGCGGUGUACCAUCGUUGUCGAUAGUCAGUCGUCUGCGGCUGACCAAGUCUCUCCUGUUGUCAGCACGCUGGGUUGGGGAUCUGCAGAGGUGAUACAGCGCAACGUGGAGCGGACCAAGCUUGAACACGGCUGGCACGCUGUGUCUAUUCUUGUCCGCAUCCGCGCCGACGAUGCCGCACCCGUAGCGCUGAGUCUCGGGCUAUCGCUGCAGGCGGGCACGUCGAUGGUGCGCGUGGGAGCGGUGCAGCUCUCGCGCGACGCAUCUGAGCAGCCGGCUGGUGAGCUCCAAGUCCACCCCGCUAUGGGCGAUUUUGAGUCGGCAGGAGACGAGACGGCAAGACUGCAGCCUGCUACGCUCGUGUGGGCAACAGGCCAAGGCAACGAGUCGCAGCUGUGCAAUGUGUGGAUCCAGGCGGUGGGUCAGCCCGACGCUCGAUGCUGGCUCGGCACGUCGACGCGCGAAGCAAGCACCUCAGAAUUUUGCAUUGCCCAGCCGCUGGCUCUGCCUCCCCAUCUUACCAACACCCUACUUGAGUUCAUCGUCACUACGCCCGGCGUAGACUACACCGUCAUUGCGCGUGGCCCCGCUCACCUUUUGCCCUAG